UCCGGGUUUUCCAGCAUGUUUGGAAAGAAAAAGAAGCGGCUGGAGAUCUCGGCUCCGUCUAACUUUGAGCACCGGGUCCACACGGGCUUCGACCCACGGGAACAAAAGUUCACCGGCCUGCCCCAACAAUGGCAGAGCCUCCUGGCAGACACCGCCAACCGGCCCAAGCCCAUGGUCGACCCUUCUUACAUCACCCCCAUUCAGCUGGCGCCGAUGAAGAUAUCUCCCAAGAAAGUCCGGUCACCUGAAACGCCGUUGCUAAAAACUAUUGUCCGAGGGAACCGGCCUCCCAAGGACGCCUCUAUCAAUGGCCUCCUGGAGGAGUUUGACAACAUCUCAGUGACGCGCUCCAACUCCCUGCGUAAGGAAAGCCCACCAGGCCCCCACCAGGCUGGCACCAGCUCUAAACCCCCUGGUGGCAGCCAUCUUAACCCACCAGAGGAGAAUGGCUUCAACCACUACUACUCCCGCUACUCCUGUGACUUGGACACCUCCAGCAGGGACUUCUCCUUGGAGCCUGGCAAGCCAGGCUUCUCCAUAGAUGGAGACUGGGCUGUUGGGAGGCACUACCGCUUCCCCAAGCAGAACGGACACUCGCACCCUAUCCGCAGCCCCUUCUAUCCAGAUGCCAUGCCCCAAAAAUCAGACUAUGCCAAGCUUCCUCCAGACUACCAUACCUACCUGGAGAGCAAAGGCCGCUCAGCUGAUGAGGUGGCCUCCACGGUGGGCAGCGGGGUGGGCUCCAGCGGUUACUACCGGGCAUCUGUCGGCGGCUCGUCCAGUCAGGACUACCGGGACACAUCGGUGGGCACACCGUCUCGCGCUUCACUCCACAGUGAGCAGAUCAACUAUCCAGACAGUGAGUGGAGCUAUGGAGGACUGCGGGACGACUAUGAGAAGCGACCCAAGAGUUCUUACGUGACGCAGACCAGCCCCACACCGGCCAUUCGACAGCGGUCCCGGUCGGGCUCUGGGCUACAGGAGCCCAGUCUGCCCUAUGGGAUCAGUGGGGCUUUUAAGAACCCUCCUCAGGCCCAUCCCUACAGCUCCUACACCUACCCCCGCCUCUCAGAGAGUCUUACCAACUCCCAGAUUCUAGCAAAGGGCGACUACGACCGACCGUCACGCGAUGGAAGUCCCCAGGUUCCAGGUGGAGACACCUACCCCCGCGGGCCUCUCAAGCUACCUCAGAGCCACACCAAGCCUCCUGGUUACCCCCCGGCACACCUGCCCUACCCGCCCGUCUUCCACCAUUACAAACCCUCGCCUUACCACCACCCCCCUUCCCAGCCCAGCCCACCGUACACCCCUCAGGGGGCCUACUCACAGCCAUCAUCACCCUACAUUCCCCCAGGGGCCUACCCUCCUCCUUCCUGGGGCUCUAGUUCAGAUACUCAGCCCUCCAGGGUCUCCCAUGAGCAGUUCAGAGCAGCACUACAACUGGUGGUCAACCCGGGCGAUCCUCGGGAGUACCUGGACAGCUUCAUCAAGAUAGGCGAGGGCUCCACCGGCAUUGUGUGCAUUGCCAGCGAGAAACACAGCGGCAAGCAGGUGGCGGUGAAGAAGAUGGACCUGAGGAAACAACAGAGGAGAGAGCUGCUCUUUAACGAGGUGGUGAUCAUGCGGGACUACCACCAUGAGAACGUGGUUGACAUGUACAACAGCUACCUGGUGGGAGACGAGCUCUGGGUCGUCAUGGAAUUCCUGGAGGGCGGCGCCCUCACUGACAUUGUCACUCACACCAGGAUGAAUGAGGAGCAGAUUGCCACGGUGUGUGUAUCAGUGCUGAGGGCUCUCUCCUACCUCCACACCCAGGGCGUCAUACACCGUGAUAUCAAGAGUGACUCCAUUCUCCUUACCAGCGAUGGCAGGAUCAAGCUGUCAGACUUUGGUUUCUGUGCCCAAGUUUCCAAAGAAGUACCCAAGAGGAAGUCCCUGGUGGGCACACCCUACUGGAUGGCACCAGAGGUUAUCUCUAGACUACCUUAUGGAACUGAGGUGGAUAUAUGGUCUUUAGGCAUCAUGGUGAUCGAGAUGGUGGAUGGCGAGCCCCCUUACUUCAACGAGCCCCCUCUGCAGGCCAUGAGGAGGAUAAGAGACAACCUUCCCCCUCGGCUAAAAGAGUCUCACAAGGUCUCUGCAGUACUGAGGGCGUUCCUGGACCUGAUGCUGGUGAGGGAGCCCUCACAGAGAGCCACGGCCCAGGAGCUCCUCCAGCAUCCUUUCCUCAAGCUAGCGGGACCCCCCUCCUGUAUCGUCCCUCUCAUGAGGCACUAUCGCCACCGCUGA